UGAAAAAUUAGUAGCGGGAAAGUGUGUAUCGAAAAGAAAGAAUGGGAGGGAGAAAUUAAAAUGUUUUAAACUGUAAUCAUUUUCUGUUCUUUUUUUCUUCUCCAUCUCUCUCUCUCUUUUUUUUUACUGUUGAUUUACAAAAUCUUCUUCCGUUGCUAAUUUCUUUGUCUAGGGUUUUGGUCUGUUCGUUAGUUUUUUUAUUCUUUUUAGACUCAAAUUCUUUGAAAUUAUGAGGAGAAAUGUGAAGAAAGAAAAACAAACAGAUAAGGGUGAUGCAUCUGCUGAACCGGUUCGAACCAAGGUGGCGGGAGUGGCCCGAGAUGAGUCGGCGGAUGUUGAGUCGAAUCAACCGAAUCGAGAAGAGGAUGCGGCAGAUAGGAGGGUUCUUCGCUCCAAAUACCUUGCCGUGAUUACCAAAAUAAGCGAUGCAAGGGAUGAAAUAUCGAACGUGGAUUCUAAUAAAUUUAACAUAAUCAUUAAUGAAGUCGACAACUUACAUCAACAAGUUUCGAAGCCACGUGAACAAGUAGCCGAUGCGGAGGCAUUGUUAGGCUUAGCCAAUACAUUGGCAACUUCUGUUAAGUCCGUCUCUUGUGAAGGAAUCAGCCUAGCAGACUUCGUCAAUUGUUUAAUUAGGGAGUUUGGGAAAUCCACCAGGAGCCUUGAAACACAAGAAAAUGAGCAGAUAUCGAUUGAUUGGAAAGAAAUUGGGGUGGCUGUUUCGCCAUUCUUUAGAACCUGCAAAGGAAUUUGCACUAUGCUUGGACCAAUGAGUAAUGAGUUAAAGCAACGGAAGCCUAUGGUUACUAGAAAGCGUGCUGUCAGACCAACUGAUACUAGUCGGCCUGAUGAGGUUGAUGAAACUGGUGCUGAAGAGAAAACUGAUACUGACAGGAAUAUGGCAGUGAUGUUUGAAAUUUUAAGGAGAAAGAGACAAGUGAAACUUGAAAGUUUGAUCUUGAAUAGAAGUUCAUUUGCACAGACUGUCGAGAAUUUAUUUGCUCUUUCAUUCUUAGUUAAAGAUGGAAGAGCCGAAAUAGUGGUGAAUGGAUCUGGUUCUCAUAUUGUCUCACCUAAAAAUGCCCCUGCUGCCUCGUCCAUAGCAAGUGGUGAGGCUGCUUACAGCCAUUUUGUGUUCAGAUUCGACUUUAAGGACUGGAAGUUAUUGAUGAAUGUGGUACCUGUUGGUGAGGAGCUAAUGCCACAUAGGGAAGGUAAUGAUGAAUGCGGUUCCAGUUGGAGAGGAGUUGAUGCCUCACAGGGAAGAUUCACACCCGACUUUGUCCCAGGCGGAACCAGCGGCAAACAGUUCAGGAGCAUCAACCACAACCCCAAUCCGAAUAUUAUCUAGGAACCGAGGGUUGAUUUUUCAAGAAUCCAUUGUAGACGACUCGCCUGAACCAGAUGAUGCUAACAAAGGCCCUGGCAUUCGCAGAUGCCGGCGUAAGCUCAAUUGACCGACUUUCCUCUUGAGAGCACAUUGUGUACAAUUAUUUCGAAUGUUGUAAUGUAAAUAGCUGUAGCUCAAUCUCGAAUCGGUAACACUCAUCUUUUUUGUAGUAGAUUCCUCCGCUGUACGAGCCCGGAGCAACUCUCUGACCUAUUUACUAACUAGGAGCAUGUUCACCUUUGGAUUCUUAGAUACGUGAAUGCAUUUUCGCUAGAUUAUUCUGA